AAAUCCUAUGUAUAUAUUUUAGAAUAGAAUUGACGUGUUGGAAGUUGCGCAGCCACUUGUGUUGUAAUUCGGCAACAAAAAUGCUGUGUCAUAACUUAAAGAGUUUAUUAGCCCUAAAAUUCGUCAAACGUCAUGUAAACGUGCGAAAAUCGCACUUUGCCGCUCCUUUGAAUGGAGUGCGAGUUAUCGAUCUCACGCGAAUUGUCGCCGGUCCAUAUUGUUCUAUGAUACUAGGCGAUUUAGGCGCGGAAGUUAUCAAAAUUGAGAGACCUGGGGCGGGCGACGAAGCCAGAUUAUGGGGGCCCCCUUUCAUAGGCGAUACCAAAGAAUCCUGCUACUUUAUUACAUUUAACCGAAAUAAGAAAAGUGUUUGUCUCAACUUGAAAUCUCCGGAAGGUCAAAAUAUCAUUUGCGAAUUAGCAAAAACAUCAGAUGUGUUGAUUGAGAACUAUGUUCCUGGAAAACUUGAUGAACUGAAUUUGGGUUACAACCGUUUGAAAUUUGUUGCACCUCAAUUGAUUUAUUGUUCCAUUACGGGCUUUGGUCCCGAAGGGCCUUACAGCAACAGACCUGGUUAUGAUGUGAUUGCUUCUUCCAUGGGGGGCCUGCUUCAUAUCACUGGUCCAAAAAAUGGUGAACCUUGUAAAGUUGGUGUUGCUGUUACUGAUUUGGCAACUGGACUGUAUGCGCACGGAGCAAUAAUGGCUGCCCUUAUUAAACGAUUGAGAACAGGUAAAGGAGAAAAAAUUGACUGUAACCUAUUCUCAACGCAAAUCGCUAGCCUCAUAAACAUUGGGUCAAAUUAUUUAAACGCUGGAAAAGAAGCCACAAGAUGGGGUACAGCACAUGAAAGUAUAGUUCCCUAUGAAGCAUUUCCUACCAAAGACGGGCAUCUAACAAUUGGAACUGGGUCUGAUAAACAAUUUCAAGAACUCUGUCAGAGGCUAGGGAAUGAAUUUUUAGCGAAAAGUCCCAAGUUCUCUACCAACAAAUUAAGAGUUGAAAAUAGAAAUGAGCUAAUUGAAAUCUUAAGAGGCAUAUUAAUGACCAAAACAAAUAAGGAAUGGUUGAAGAUGUUUGAAAAUAGCUCUUUCCCCUGCGGUCCAGUGAAUAAUCUUGCCGGUGUUUUUGAUGACCCCCACGUUAAGUAUAUCGGCAUCGUACAAACCUUGGACCACCCCAUUGCUGGAAAAGUUAAAGUUGUGGGUCCACCCGUCAAGUAUAGUGGCGGUGGCAACGAAAUUCGCACAGCCCCGCCGACUUUGGGCCAACAUACCGACGAAGUGCUAAAAGAUUUAUUGGGUUAUGACGAUGGGCGAAUUAAACAAUUGAGAAGUCAAAAAAUUGUUAGCUGAUUCAAGGAAAUGAAGAUUUAGUAAUUGUUUUUGUUUUCAUUCCAUUUUGGAUUUCUUCAAAAUUGUUAUUUUACUAUUUUUGUGAUGUUGAAUCAAUAAAAUCUAUUUGAAUUG